CGUUUUUCUGUCAGAACGCGUGUGGGCUUCCGUAGCGCUCCGACUGAUGACACUUGGUCGGUGUAAAAGUUUGAAAACGGAGCAUUAAACUCUUAAAAAUUAAAUCUUCUCCGAUCAGAACAAUGAGUCGGAGUUAUAACGAUGAGCUGCAGUACCUGGAGAAGAGGGGCAAGAACUCGUGGAGGAUUAAAAAAGGUUUUGUUCCCAACAUGCAGGUGGAGGGCAUCUUCUACGUCAACGAGCCUCUGGAGAAGCUGAUGUUUGAGGAGCUCCGCCAGGCGUGUGGAGGCAGAGGUGGCGUGGGGGGAUUCCUUCCAGCCAUGAAACAAAUCGGCAACGUGGCGGCACUGCCGGGGAUCGUACACAGGUCCAUCGGUCUCCCAGACGUUCACUCUGGAUAUGGAUUCGCGAUCGGAAACAUGGCCGCCUUCGACAUGAGCAACCCCGACGCCGUGGUGUCUCCAGGCGGCGUCGGGUUCGACAUUAACUGCGGCGUCCGUCUGCUGAGGACGAACCUGGACGAGGGGGACGUCCAGCCGGUGAAGGAGCAGCUGGCCCAGGCGCUGUUCGACCACAUCCCCGUUGGGGUCGGGUCCAAGGGAGUCAUCCCCAUGGGGGCCAAGUAAGGAGCCAGCUCAGGGCCUCAGACGUAGAGCCCCACCGAUACAGAUACCGAUAUCUGGUUAUUU